GCUUGACGUCACGGUAAACACUGUGAGCGCGGAAGUGCUAGAGGACGCACAAAUUGAACCGUGUCGUUUUCAACCGUCUAUUAAACGUGUUAAACGGUAAUUAAAUUAAAAACAUGUGGAAAUGUGAAGCAUUACCGCCGACGCAGUAACCAAUCAUCAGUUCAUUUUUAAGAGACACGUAAGUUAAGACGUGUCGACAGAUUUAUUCGACAACAAUGACCAACGUUAAUUUACAGAAAGCCAUUGAUUUGGCCAGUAAAGCCUCAGAGGAGGACAAAGCCAAAAACUAUGAGGAAGCUCUUCGCCUCUAUCAACAUGCAAUCCAGUAUUUUCUUCAUGUGGUGAAGUAUGAAGCUCAAGGGGAAAAGGCCAAGCAGAGCAUCCGAGCGAAAUGUAUGGAGUACCUUGACCGGGCCGAACAGCUGAAACAAUAUCUGAAGAAGAAGGAGAGCGCACCGCCAUCCAAACCUGUAAAGGUUCCUCAAUCUGAUGAUAAAGCGACUGAUAGCGAUGAUGGCGAUGCAGAGAAAAAGAAAUUUCAAAAUCAACUCCAAGGUGCCAUUGUCAUGGAAAAACCCAACAUCAAGUGGGACGAUGUCGCUGGAUUGGAGGGAGCCAAAGAGGCUCUUAAAGAGGCCGUCAUUCUGCCAAUCAAAUUCCCUCAUCUGUUCACAGGAAAAAGAACUCCCUGGAGGGGGAUUUUACUCUUUGGACCGCCAGGAACCGGAAAGUCCUAUCUGGCGAAAGCGGUGGCUACUGAGGCCAACAACUCCACGUUCUUCUCCAUCUCAUCAUCAGACCUGGUGUCCAAGUGGUUGGGAGAGAGUGAGAAGUUAGUGAAGACUUUGUUCAGUCUUGCACGGGAACACAAGCCUUCCAUCAUAUUCAUCGAUGAGAUUGACUCCAUGUGCGGCUCGAGAAGCGAAAAUGAGAGCGAAGCAGCUCGCAGGAUCAAGACAGAGUUCCUGGUUCAGAUGCAAGGUGUAGGAAACGACAAUGAGGGAAUUCUGGUUCUUGGUGCGACCAACAUCCCCUGGACGCUGGAUUCUGCCAUCCGAAGAAGGUUCGAAAAGCGCAUCUACAUCCCUCUUCCAGAGGAACACGCUCGCUCAUUUAUGUUUAAGCUCCACCUCGGCUCCACUCCCAACAGCCUCACGGAAGCUGAUUUCAUCACAUUGGGAAAGAAAACCGACGGCUAUUCAGGCGCCGACAUCAGCAUCUUGGUCCGAGAUGCCCUCAUGCAGCCCAUUCGCAAAGUUCAGUCAUCCACCCACUUUAAAAAGGUCAGAGGGAAAGCGUGGAACAACCCUGAUGUCGUUGUGGACGACCUGUUAAGCCCCUGCUCUCCGAACGAUCCAAAUGCUGUACAGAUGACCUGGGUGGAUAUAGCCAGCGAUAAACUUCUAGAGCCGAUUGUUAGUUUGGAGGACAUGCUUAGCUCUCUGGAGAAAACUAAGCCUACGGUGAAUGAGGAAGAUCUGGAGAAGCUGAAGAAGUUCACAAACGACUUUGGGCAGGAAGGUUAAACAACAGCUUUUUUAGAUAUUCAUUUGUUCCACUAUUAAAGUCUGUGCAGGGUUUAUCUUUUUAAGUUCUUUGGAAAUGUUUAAUUCGUGAAAAGUAUUUAUAUUUUUCCAUUGUUAUGUUUACAAUACAACAAAACGAAACGGGUGUUUUACUGAGUUUUGUUUGUUUUCCUGAUCUUUUUACUUUUUUUUUGUUUGGUAAAACCUAUUGAGUCAGUCUUUGACACUGGGUUUCUAAGCGUUAUACAUUAUUAUUUAGCCUGGCUCAUUGAUGUUAUCCUUUAUUAGCACCCUAAACACAUAAAUACUCAAUGGUUGAGUUCAAAAGACGAUUCAGCAUCACAUAUUUUCCAAAAGGCAACUAUUUGUUUUUUUUCCUUGUGCCUUGAUGGCUGACCGGGUUUACAUGAUUUCAAAAUAUAAUAUCUUUGGACUAGAAUGACUAGAAUGAGAAAACCAGCAAGUGUUUACAAAUAUUGUAAAAUACGUUGUGCAUUAGGUGGUAGUGCUGUAUGUCAGACAUUAUGGGGCCGUUUUCCGGGCAGGGUUUAGAUUUAAUCCAGGACUAGGCCUUGGUUAUUUAGGACGUUUAAGAAUUUUUACAAACAAACCUUACAAAAAACUAUACUUGAGACAAAACAAUGGCACUGAUAUGGGUGAUUUUCACAAAAUCCAGAUUUUUAGAAAGUGUCCAGCAUCAGAAUUUGUAAAAAGCCCUUGAAACCAAUUUUUUUUGCACAUAUAAGAUUAAGGUCUGAACUUACUAUAACCAUUAUUUUUAGAGGAUUUAAAAAAAAUUCAUUUAUUUUCAAUUAUCGUUAUCAAAAACGAUCAUUACCGCAACAUGAUAUUACAUUAAAUAUAUGCAUUUACAAACUCAUGUUAUGGUAAUGAGAACUAAAAAGUUGUCUAGGUACUAUGACAAACAAAUUUUUAACUUUAUCUGGAGAGAAAAAAUAAGAACUGCUUACCUGAGUGUCACAGUCAGUUAUGUCCCUUACAACUAUUUUUUUUUAUUUUUAGAAAAUUGGUCUUGGACACAUUUAUAUUCCUUAUUAUUGUCUCUACAUUUACCAAUGAUCACCAAAUGCCACAUGUUUCUUUACUGUAAAUGUUUAUAGUAUAACAUGCACUGAAGCUUUUUUUUGUUGAUUUUUUAAUUAUAAAUAUUUCCACGUCAAAGAACCCAAAUCCAGUCAUGGACACAUUACGGUAAUGAAAAUUUUCAAAAUAGUGCAAAAUAGUACAUAAAGAGAUGUUUAUAACUGUAUGCUUCUUAAUUUUAAAUGCUUCAGAUUUACUUUUUUUUAAUCAAAAUGACACCUCAUAAGUCUAUAUUUUUGCGAGAAUCACCCAUAUAUGUUAAGAUAUGUCAGUACAAGGUGUUUUUGACACAUGCAUUUUAGUCUGGGAGUAGGAUAGGCCCUGUCUGGGAAAGCGUUUUUCUGCACCAAAGUUUAAAUAUUUUUCUAUUUUCUUACUUUGUCUUCUGUAAAUAAAAGUUACAAAGUCCAUUUUUAUCAAAUAAAAAUGGUAAUUGCAAUAAAAAAAAUCUAUAUACCAAUGUAUUUGUAACACUA